CUCUGCAGCGCCUCCUUCUCUCCUUCCUACUCUCCAAUGUUCACAGCUCGGCCGGAGCCAGUCGUCCUUCCCGGCUUCGUUUCUCCAGGAUUUCUCUCUCCAAACCGACCGAGAGCAGGACGAGGGCGCGUCUAAGGUGGGGAAAGAUGUCCAGUGAAAGGCAGCGGUCAGACGACGAAAGCCCCAGCACCAGUAGCGGCAGUUCAGAUGCAGAUCAGAGAGAUCCGCCGGCUCCAGAGCCAGAAGAGCAGGAAGAGAGGAAGCAGCCCACGCCUCCGCAGCAGCAGAAGAAAGCCACCAAACUGUCCAGCAAAACCACAGCAAAGUUGUCGUCCAGCGCCAAAAGAAUCCAGAAGGAACUUGCUGAAAUAACUCUGGAUCCUCCUCCGAACUGCAGUGCUGGACCUAAAGGAGAUAAUAUUUACGAGUGGAGAUCCACUAUCCUGGGCCCUCCUGGCUCCGUCUACGAAGGAGGAGUGUUCUUCCUGGACAUCACUUUCUCCUCGGACUACCCCUUUAAACCACCAAAGGUCACGUUCCGCACACGGAUCUACCACUGCAACAUUAACAGUCAGGGAGUGAUCUGUCUGGACAUCUUGAAGGACAACUGGAGCCCAGCGCUCACCAUCUCCAAGGUCCUCCUGUCCAUCUGCUCUCUGCUGACAGACUGCAACCCUGCGGAUCCUCUUGUUGGAAGUAUAGCCACUCAGUAUUUGACCAACAGAGCGGAACAUGACAGGAUAGCCCGACAGUGGACCAAGAGAUACGCCACAUAGACGUCCACCCUCCCCGACACCCCACCCCCGGACAGCCCGCCGAACCCUCCAGACCCCCAUCAGACACCCCCACCGGCUCCUGCAGGGGUGAGCGGAUCCAGGAGAAACAACAACUUUACAAACGCGCAGCAGAUCUUUAUAGCCUUUACGAUACGGACUGGUGUGUAUACGUCAAACCGACCCUGCCCUGUUUAUCUGACCCAGAACGGACUCGGGGAACACCUUCACAGCUGACCGCUCCGGUGUAGAGGGUUCUUUUUUUUUUGGUUUUUGUUUUGUUUUGUUUUUGUAGCUGUAGAUUUAGUUCUGUUUAAAAUGCCUACUUGCAAGUCUCGCUUCUUUGGGAUAUUAAAAAAAUCAUAAAAAAGCAAAAAAACAAAUGUAUUUUGUGAUGUAAUGAGGAAACUGUUCCUAAAAGUCAACCAAAUAUUAUGGUGCAUUUUAGCCGAAUCCAUUAUCUGUAUGAAGGUUAAAACAAAAAGUGUAAAAAAAAAAAGCAUCUAGCUGUAGAAUAUUAGAAAUGAUGUCAUUUCUAUGCGCCCCACGUGCUACAUGAUGAUGAUGAUGAUGAUGUUGUGAAUCUGUCCCUCUUUUUGUCACUUUGUAAUGAAGACAAGAUCAUUGAACGUUUUGUAGCUCAGCUGAAAUGAGCCGCUGAUGUAAUAUCCCCUCAUACACAAUAAAAAAAAACAAUAACCUGUCCACUCGGA